CGAGAAAUGAAUAUAAAAGGAAACUGAAUUUAUAAUUUUUCUUCCCCUUUUUUGUUCUUUCUAACUAAGAAAUUCUAGUCAUAGAAAUGAAAGUUAUACCUAUUGCUGUACUUGAAGACAAUUACUCUUAUAUUUUAAUUGAUGACAAAACAAAAGAGGCUGCUGUCAUUGACCCAGUUGAACCUUUAAAGAUAUUGAAUUUGAUUAGCCAAACAGGCUCAAAACUGACAAGUGUUUUCACUACACAUCAUCAUUGGGACCAUGCUGGUGGAAAUAUAGAGCUUAUCGCCAAGAAGCCUGGGUUGGCCGUAUAUGGCGCGGAUGCCCGCAUUCCAGAAAUCAACUAUGUUUGCAAAGAUCAUGAAGAAUUCAAAUUCGGCUCUUUGGUUAUUACACCGCUCCAUACGCCUUGUCAUACAAAGGGCCAUGUAUGCUACUAUGUGGUGGACCCCGCCACAGGUGAAAAAGCAGUAUUUACAGGAGACACAUUAUUUAUUGGCGGCAUAGGAAAGUUUUUCGAGGGCGACGCGCGCGAUAUGUAUAGAAUUCUUUUCCAUGUGAUAGGUAAUUUACCCGAUGAGACGUGGGUAUACUGUGGACAUGAAUAUACAAAGAAUAAUUUGAAGUUCGCUUUGACUAUUGAACCUCAUAAUGAAGCACUGAUCGCUAAAUGGAACUGGUGUCAAGACAAAAUAAACACCGUUCCUUCAACGAUAGGACAGGAGAAACUCUAUAAUCCUUUCUUCAGGGUGAACGAACAGACUAUACAGAUGGUAGUUGGAAAAUCAGACCCAGUAGAAGCAUUACAUACAUUACGUGAAAUGAAGAACAACUUCUCAUGAACAUAGCGAAAGUUAAUCUUGCUUAGAAUUUAUAAAGCAUUCUAUAUAUCGGCAUCGGGCAUCAUUAAACUUGAAACAAACAAAAAAAAAAAAAAAAAAAAAAU